UAUGUCAAAUGCCCCCCCAAAAAUAAAAUUUAAAAAAGAAAAUCCCAAAAAUCGGAGGAGCUUCGACUCCGGCGAUGAUCGUCGGCUCCGGCUCCGGCUCCGUUCCCGACGCCGAGUUGAGCCGCAAAACAUCGCCGAUCCGUCGCUUCCUCCUCGCCGCAUAAUAAUAAUAAUAAUAACAACAACAAUAAUAAUAAUCAUAUAUUAUUAUUAUUGUUAUUAUGCGGACGCCGUACCGGGGAGGAGGCGGUGACCGGUUAUCGGCGGUGGCGGUGACCGGAGACCUGUUCCGGGACCCGCACACGGCGCGAUCCUCUUUCUCAUCUCACUACUCCAAAGAGGAUAUAGCAGGGUUUGCGUUGGAUCGAGGGGUAAUCGACGGUGGAGGCGAGGUGAUGGGAAAGAUGAAGGGGAGGAUGUACAAAACUCCUACUCCCCACCAUGUAUCAGAUCCAAACAACAACAACAAUAACAAUAAUAAUAAUAAUAAUAAUAAUAAUAAUAAUAAAAGGAUCAUGGAAACUGGUGGGGUCCCACAGAAGCGACUGUACCAAGUGUGGAAAGGAAGAAACAAAUUCUUAUGCGGAGGGAGGCUUAUAUUCGGCCCCGAUAUGCGGUCGAUGGUGCUUACCGUGUUUCUGAUUCUAGUUCCGGUUAUCUUUUUCGCCGUGUUUGUUUCACAAAGCUUGGUUGUCGAGUUCCAGCACAAUCUCGGAAAUCUUAUUGUAGCUAUAGCUAUUGCCCUCGCAACCUAUGUUAUCACACUCCUCUUCCUUACUUCGGGGAGAGAUCCCGGAAUCAUUCCUCGCAACACCAGACCUCUCGAUCCCGACGACGAGUGCAUGGCCUCGCCCAGUCUAUCGUCGGAGUGGGGUACCGCCAGCCAAGGCGGGGGAGCGGCGGCGCUCCCGCCUUUCAAAGAUGUUAUUGUGAAUGGCGUAAUUGUGAAAGUUAAGUACUGCAACACCUGCAUGCUCUACCGGCCCCCUCGCUGCUCACACUGCUCGAUCUGCAAUAACUGCGUCGAGCGCUUCGAUCAUCAUUGCCCAUGGGUCGGGCAGUGUAUCGGGAAGAGGAAUUAUCGCUUCUUUUUCAUGUUCGUCUCGUCGACGACUUCGCUGUGUUUGUAUGUCUUUGCCUUCUGCUGGGUGAAUCUGAAGAAGAUAAUGGAUUCUUGUGGCUGCAAUCUGUGGAAAGCAGUUGCAAGAUCACCAGUUUCUGGGCUGCUGAUCAUCUACACAUUUAUUGCUGCUUGGUUUGUAGGAGGCUUAACUGCCUUUCACCUCUACCUCAUCUGCACCAAUCAGACAACAUACGAGAACUUCCGAUACCGAUACGACGGUAAAAUGAACCCUUACAACCGGGGAUGCGGUCCAAACAUCAUCGAGAUAUUCUUUUCGAAGAUACCCAGAUCAAAGAACAACUUCCGCGCAAAAGUGAAAGAGGAGACGGGCGCAUUCACCUCCUCGCGGUCUCUCGGGUACGUGCUAAGCCCGACGAAGAGCUUCGACUUAGAAAUGGGCGGGAAGCGGCAUUCGAUGGCGUCACAAGAUUUUUCGGAUAUUCAGAGCCAGAUUGAGGGCUUUGGAGGGUUGGAGAGAUCUGGGACACAACCAUUGCAUUCAAGCUGGGGUAGUCACAAGAGCAACUGGGAGAUUGCACAUGAUAUAGAGGCUCUCGCCGCAGAGUUUGGCGUCGAACACGGUUUUCACGACCGCGAAAAGAUCCCGGAAAAUCUUUUAAAAGACUUCUGAGGAGUUAAAUGCAUCAAAACUAUCUAAACUUAUGACUGUUUGCUGGUAAAUAACUACCUAAACUAUCAAGACGGCGCAAUGGACUAUAAAUAAUUCUAGUCGAGUUUACUCGUAACAGUGAUCUUUCGUACUAAGGAGACUCAUUUAUAUCCGCGUAAUUAUUUUAAAUUGUUGAAUAUGAAUUUAAAUGGCUAA